UCUUAUUUCAAUAAUGCCCAUGCGAUUUGUUUAAGCUUUGAUGUGAUGCUGAUAUAGAUUCUCAUUGUGUUUUUUGCGGUCCAUAAUGUGAACGUGAACUGUAGUGACAUGUUUUGUAAUUCUAGACACACCCCUUAUCUUCAGGAGGUAGUAACCAUGGAUACCUGUAUGUCAACGGAAGUAGGGGCAAGUUGCGUGUAGUUGGUGAAGUGGGUUUCUCAGAUAAUCGUCCUAAAAGUUGAUUCAAUACUUGCCGCAUUCAAGAUUCCUUCAUUGUUACAUCUCGUUAUACAGGUAGAAAGAGCAAAAGUAUUGGGUUUCGGCUCCUUGACGUCGCAGCAAUAAAUAAUACAUACAUUGUGCGUUUUUGUGUAUGCACAGCUACCUCUGAGUUGAGAAGUAUCCGGCUAACUUUGGGGAACUAUCGCUAGCUAUAUUUGUUGAACGGAGUUGAAACCCUGCUUCGUAGAGAAAUGGGGGAGUCGGAAUUCGUGAUCAAUUUCUCGGCCCUUGAAAAAGAGCUGGAGUGUGCAGUUGAAGCUGACAAGAAAUAUCGUCGCGAAAAUGAUGCCAAGUUUCGUGCUCUUCACCAGAAAGUAGCCACCUAUGAGGAGUUUAGAGAUAUUGUAUUAGCAUCUCACCUGAAACCCUUGGACAGGAAAGAUCGAGCCGCUGCUCCACCUAAGCAGCCCUGGAACGCCGUAGCCUCUAAUAAGAGCUGUCGAGACUCGCAGACUUUCGAAGGGAUGCAGCCUCAGCCGCCUGACUUCCAGCCCAGGACAGCGUCAGAGUUCAGCCGGGAAUGGCGGCGGUUGGCCAGUGGUGUCAGUGAGAAGUACGGCUUCCUCUUAGCCCUGGGAGGGGAGGCCUUGAGGGCCAUAUUCAGUGCUGAGGUGGGCUUCGGCCUGCUGGGGGAGCUGCUGCUGGUCCUGUCACAGGGCUUCCAGCCUGUGGACUGGCCAGAGGUUGUGGGAGUGCUGAAUGGCCUGUCGAGGACCCCACGGUUUGGCCUCAACGUGUCCCUGCUGAGCAGGGGAGAGAAGGGGGCGUGUGAAGAGCUAUUCCUGAAAAUUCAGACGGCAGUGGACGUUAAACCACCGUUUGAUGUCUGUCAGGGGGAUGAAACACCAUCCAGAGUUACUGCUGCUGCCGCUGAUGAUGGUGGGGGUGUAGCUCAGAAUGUGGAAACAGCAGGAGACGACAAUUCUCAUGAAAAAUUGAAACAUUUAAUGGAAAUGUAUGGUACUCCUAGCAGUGGUCCAUAGAUAGGACUGUUUCAAGAAGGAUUUACAUACACUGGAAGGGUGAUGACAUGAGUGGGUACAGAGAAUGUAACAACUCAAUUGGUCAGAGCUCGUUUACAUGUCAUUCAUGUUCAUUGUACAGUGUGGUUUUUGCUGUUGUGUACUCAGUUGGUUAUGUUCUUGAGAAUUGAAACUGCAGUGGUUUGGCCAGUUGAAUGUACCUUUUUAGAAAUAUUUUAGGCUGUGUCAAGAAAUAUAGCCAUAAUAUUCAUGGUUAUAUUUUGUGAAUAAAUCAUAAAUAAACCAAUAAACAAAAUGUAUUAUAAAUGUACUUCACUUACUUACUGUGUUUCAGUCUUAUGUAAAACAUGUAGAAAGAUCAUAAUUUAUGAAUACACACUGAAAGCGUGAUUAUAC